AUGAUUGUAACUAUUGCGUUCGCUCUUCUGCCUUUCAUGCAGAUAGAGCCAAUCGUAGCGGCAGAAACCUCAGAGCAAUUGAAUCUUAGCAAUGAGGGGAUUGCCAAUAGGACAAUGAUUGUUGAAGAACCGGAUUAUUACGGUAUAUUUCCGACGGCUUCAAGGCGUUUCAAGGUGCUUAUGAGCUUGAUGGUUGAAGAUGGUUUCAGACCUGAACUGCUUGAAUUCGCUUCAGAGAAAAUGAAAGAUGUUAUUAAGGAGCGUAUGGAUUCGUGGGAAGCAGAGAUUCUUGCUGAUAAGGAACGUCAGGAUGGCGAUUUAAAAGGUACCAAAGUUGUAUCAGGCAGAAUUCCUCCGCCCGAAGUACUCCGACAGAAUCUAGAGAUGAAGGAGCAAUUAUUAGAUUCAAUUUAUUAUAAGAUGGAUGAAUGUCGUGAGGCAUUAAAGGAAGCUGGAAAAAGUAUUAGCAAAAUAUUCGAAAACCUCUUCAAGGAUUAUGCCAGACCGGGAAUAUCCCAGCCGCAACAAAAUGUGGCGUCUAGGGAGCCACAAGUGAAUACUGAAUCGUCAACAAAUAACGUUAAUACCGCUGUACAGGGUACUAAUUCGCCAGCGGAAUACGUGGUUAAGCAAUACAAAAACGAAAACGAUUACAUAAAUUUAAGGUUCGUCAUGCCAUCUUUCUCUGAAGAUUUAUUAAGUCUGCAUAAAGCAAUUCAGAAUAUAGAAAUAGAAAAGCAACAGGAUAGCGCUACACUGAAAGAUGUAAUCAUGUCGUGGGCACAAUCCCACCUCCCUAAAAUGGAACUAAAGGACGAAAUCGAUGGCAUUACAAUUAAAAAAGAGUUGGAAAUGCUGUAUGACACGUACUUUAUGUACUACAUUGUGACGUCUUUCAGAGAGCACAAUAUAUUGGACACUAAUGUCAAUGCCGCAGUUGUGAAGUGCAAGAACAUGAAUGCUGCAAGCUUCGGCACUAUGGGCCUGCUCUUGGCUGCUGUUAUCGCCUUCACCAUGUGGUAA